UGGGCAGAAACAGCAGCUCAACCAACUAAUGAAAAGAGAAACUGACAAAACCAACUGGAGUUAAAUAGUUUGACUGACGAUUUCAACAUCCAAGAUCAACGAAAUGAGGAGCUUUCUUCUCUUCCUCUCACUAAUGACAGGUUGUGAGGCCUCGUCUGAAGCGUCUAAAGUGAAGGGAUGCAGAAAAGGAUGGGUUGAAUUCACCUGCAAAUAUCCAACAACUGAAACAUAUAAACAUAUUAAUGUAGUUAUUCCCAAAAAAACAACCAUAAAAAGCACUAAAAAGGAUGUUUGGGAAAAAAACAGAAGAAUUUCACUGUACCAUGAUACAAAAAGUAAAACUCUCAGGGUGGCCAUUAAACAAAUACAGCAAGAGGACUCUGGGACGUACACGUGUAAAUUUAAUGACAAUGAAAUCAAGAAACUGGAAUUGGAAGUUGAGACAGACGGCUGCCAGAGACAAUUUAUUCAAACUGCGUACAGAACAGCUAAAACCACCAUCACAUGUGAUUACACAGGAAAAAAAUACAAGUUCUUCUGCAAAGACAACGGUUUCAUCUGUGAGGAUAUUUUAUCAACAAAAUCCUCUCUGAAGUCAAAGGGGACAUUCACUCUCACAGAAACCAACAGUAGCUUCAGCGUGUCCAUCAGUAACGUGUCCUCACAUGAUGCUGGUGUCUACUGGUGUGGAGUGGAAACACGUGAAGGAAGUUACAGAGCUGCUCUCAGAAAGAUAAAGCUGGAGGUUAAAGCUUUUAUUACUAACUUUACAAAGUCUCCAACUGUUGGACAAAAUCUCACAUACUAUUGUAAAAAUCGAAGUGAUUCUCUGACAAACAUGUUCAUCUGUAAGGGAGAAGAUCCAUCUAUAUGUCAACCUCUAGUAAGCACCUCACAGCCCAACAAGAACACCGGGAAGUUUUCCAUGAAGGAGGACAAAGACAAGAAAUAUACCAUAACAGUGAGAGAAGUAACAACAGACGACACUGGGACAUACUGGUGUGGAGCAGAAACCACUAACGAAACACGCAGCAACAAAUUCUUCCACAAAAUGGUGAUGACUGUAGGUGGCUCUCAGGUCGUCGUUACUGUGAUCGUCUGUGUAGCUGUGCUGCUGCUGCUGUUUGUGCUGAUGUUGAUCCUAAUCUACAAACGAUUUUCACAUUUAAAGAACACAAGAAAACAAGCAGCAGCACAGAACCUCAAAGAGGAGUUUCAGCAGCACAUCCAGAAGCCAGACUCAGGAAAUGAGAUGAACUGGAUUUUUGCCAGUGUAAACUCUCCCACAAACCCCUCUGCCUUGCUGUAUUACUCUACCGUCUACUUUCAAAGCAGUUCUGCUUGUGAGGCACUGAUUGUCAAACCCGGCUCUGCUGCCUGUGAAUAUUCUACUGUGAUGUACAGGAUUCACUCUUCAUCCAGGUUUAGGAGUUUAGCACUGAUCUGUAAUGAUUAGAUGAGUCUUUUUGUUUGUCUUUGCUCCUGAAGCUUGUAAACUGUUUAAAUCCAUAUUACAGCUGAUUAUUAUCCACUGAUUUAACAAGAAAUGUUUGAAGAAAUAUGCUUGAUGUUUUAACUUUUGCCAUUUCAUGGUUGUAAGGACAACUGUUCAGAUGGCAAAGUUGGUCUGCAGGUUGGUCAUAAAAAUGUGGACAUUAAUUGAUACCAGAUGAUGAAUGCUAAUGACUUUAAGGAUCCCCUGACUUUUCCUCCAAAGCCACGAUGAGGUUGAAAUUUCUGGUUUUGGGUGAAAUAUCUCAACAACUCUUGGAUGGAUCAUCAUGAGAAGAAAUUCCCGCAGAGUGCACGAUCAGGCAAAAGGCGGUUCCCAUUUGGUGCAGCCGAAGAAAAGCAAAUGCAGCCACCUUGGUCCCGCAAGGUUUCAUUCAAUUCAAUUCAAUUCAAUUCAAUUUUAUUUAUAUAGCGCCAACAGUUAUCUCACAGCGCUUUUCAUAAAAGAGCAGGUUUACUUUUACCCUACUUUUUUUUUUAAACAUUUAAUUUUUAACAAAACAUUUUACACAUGUAAAAAUCUUAGUUUGUAAAGUAGUAACUAAAUCUGUUAGAUAAAUGUAGUGGAGUAAAAAGUACAAUAUUUGUGAGAAAAUACUCACUCUACACAUAGUGCAUCAAAGGGGGUAGAUACCCAGUGGAAGCAGUAAGAGUUAACAAAGA